GUCCACCGCGCACUAAACCGUAAUACCUGACCACGCAAAGACAUUUUGCGAACGCCGCGGCCUUACUUGUAAAAAGUUUUCCUUUCCCGCGCAAACGUACGCGCGAAAUUCGAAUGCCACAGACUUUUCAAAAAUAAUUAUUUGAAAAGUGAAUGCGAUGGUUAUUUUUUGGUUUUUAGUGCUGUGAUUUUAUUUACUUUGUAUUUAGUUUUGAGGAUGAUAAUGUGAAGUGGUGGAUUUUAUAUUUGUUUGGACUAAGUUGGUGUUGAAUACUUAUAGAUUUUUUGAAGUGGUUGGUGGUGAAACUUCCUAGUUUUGGAAGACUAACGUUUACCUCGGGUCGAUGACAUUGCUAUCCGACAUUGAAACCAGCUGAUUUGAAUCCGUUACGAAAUAAAAAAUUGACACGUUAAAACUAUAUUAUCUUAUUGACGCCAUAUUGAUGAUCGUUAAAAAUCGAUUAAUAAUAUUCGAUUAGUUCUAGAACGAACACGGAUUCAAAAAGCACGUGUUGUUGCCGUUUCUGAAUAAAGACUCUUUGUUUUAAGUGAAAAAUAAAUUAAAAAAAAUGAAGGACUUGGUUCAAAUUUGGAGUAGAGUGACGGGGAGGCAAUAUAAUUCAAAUGAGAGAGAGUUAAGGGAGUUGCCGAAUAACAGAUUAAAAAAAGGUGACAUUGACACUUCUGCUUUUGAAUCUAAUUUAUCGGAGUGUGAGGGUUUAAACAAUAAAUAUGAUGAUUUGGACUUCAAUGAGAGAAAAGACGCCAUUAUCAACAAACUUUUUGAACGAAGAAAGAAGGGGCAGGUGACCAGACAGCCAAAAUGUUUAUUUAUGCUGCUGAUGUUUGGUUUCUUCGCGUUGGCAGCGGGUUGCUUCAUCAUGUUUCUUCAUCCGUAUGACUUCUUCUUCAGAAUGAAAGUGGAGCUCACAGACGGCGGGGAGAUCUUCGAGAUGUGGCGCAAGCCUGAAGUGAACCUGUACUGCAGAGUCUUCUUAUUCAACGUCACCAACGCUGAGGAGUACAUGGCUGGUAUUGACGACAAGAUCAAGGUCAAGGAGGUCGGGCCGUAUGUUUACAAAGAGGGCUUGGAGCACGAGGUCCUCCGGUUCAACGACAACAACACCCUGUCGGCCAUCCCGAAACACCCGCUCACCUGGGUCCCUGAACUAUCAGAAGGAAACAAAGAGGAUGAUCAGCUCUACCUCGCCAAUAUCGCCUUGCUGAGCAUAGCCAACGUGGUAUCCUCGCAGAGCUUCUUCACCCGAAUCGGCUUAAACAACCUCAUCGGCCUGACCAACGCCAAGCCCCUGGUGAAGAUGACAGCAAGGGAGUUCAUGAUGGGCUACAAGUCUGAGCUGAUGACCCUGGGCAACACCUUCAUGCCGGGAUGGAUAUACUUCGACAAGCUCGGCCUCAUCGACCGGAUGUACGAUUUCAAUGGUGAUUACGAGACAAUCUUCACGGGAAAAGACGACGUGUCUAAUGCUGGGCUAAUCGACACGUACAAAGGGUCCACUGACUUACCCCAAUGGGAGGGCAAGCACUGUUCCAACCUGCAGUACGCUUCCGAUGGCACCAAGUUCAAAGGGGGAGUCAGCGCCAACGAAUCCAUUCUCUUCUUCAGAAAAAGUCUUUGCAGAGCUGCACCUUUGAUCCCAAUGGGUGAAGGCGUGAAGUCAGGCUUGAAAGCUUACAAGUACGGCUUCCCUGAGCACAUGUUGGAUAACGGGAAGAUCAUCAAGGAGAACCAAUGCUUCUGCAGAAAAGGUAAAUGUCUGCCGGAAGGUCUGAUCGACGUGACGGACUGUUACUAUGGGUUCCCCAUAGCUCUGUCUUACCCGCAUUACUAUAAGGGGGAUGAUGUCCUCUUCACCAGGCUAGAGGGCCUUACCCCCAACAAGGAGUUGCAUGAGACUCGAUUCUGGAUCCAGCCAGACUCAGGGCUACCCAUCGACGUGAGCUCCAAAUUCCAGAUCAACAUGGCGUUAGAAGACAUUUCCUCUAUCAAGAACACUGAGCGAUUCGCCAACAUGUACCUGCCGCUGCUUUGGUUCGAUAUUAGAAUGUACUCCCUACCACCUUCAAUGGAGUCCCGCUUCAAGUUAUACCUGAACAUCCUUCCUAUUGUGGAACAAGUUGCGAUGUACCUCCUCUUCGUCGCUGGAGCAGUCCUCAUUCUCCUUACAGUCUACCGGCUUACCUUCAAGAUCAUGUUCAAAACCUUCGACUCCAAAAAACAGAGGAACUUUGUCAUAGGUGACUUAUGGAUCGACAGAGAAAAGAAUGCUAACAAAGAUGGCGUUUACUCUCCUUGCGAGAUACCUCUAAGCGAAACCGAAGAUUCGGAUCAGCUAUAUGACAACGAAAGACCACCGCUUUUCGAUGACGAAAGACGUCCAUCUUUACUCAAAACUCACAGCGAUAAGAUCAAAGAACUGAGUCACAGAUUGAGCGACAAAGUAUACGAUUCUGUUGGUAGCAUCAAAGAUAAAGUUCGCGAAAUAACUCACGCGAAACAUAUCUUUAGUGAAAGAAGUGAUUCUCAGUCUCUAAUCAAUAGAGAUGAAUCACAAGCCAAUGAAGCUUACAAAAGCGACUCUAGCGAUACAGAAAAGGACUACAAUGGAUCUUAUUUAGCCGUCAGACAAUCAGACAGUGACGAUGAUUGCAAAUACUUAGAAAUUUUAGACGACGGAAGCGAAUUCGCGUCGACAGGAGACUACAAAUCGACAGACAGAGAAAAUCAUUUGAAGAAACUAGAUUCAAGUAAAGAUAGCGAAUUGAUCAUACAUAUCUCCGAUUGAGUGUGUGGUAUACUGUAGUGGUCAAUCCUUGCCGUAUCAGGUUGAAAGAAAUAGGUAGACGAAGACAAAGAAGAUAUAGGAGCGACUUUGUCUUUUAUAGAACAGGGAAAAGAACUCUUUAAAAAAUAUGUCAUUCUAUACAUUUUCAAAUUCUUAUCACGUAGAAACUAUCGAAGGUUUUACAAUAAUUAUUUCUUUACAUUAUUUUAUUCGGUUAUUCUUCAUUUAUCGUUCUUCACUUAUCUUAAAGCAAACCUGAUACGUGGUAAUAUGUAAAUCUAUAAUUUAACUGCAUUUAUUAGAUUAAUAAUGUUACUUGUCGCUCAGCCCAUCACUAUGGUGUUGCCCAUCACGGGCGUUGAAAAUUUAAUUACAAAGAUUUUUUACCCAGCAACGGCGCAAAAAGAGUAAUUGAGACUUUUAAAACUCUAUCAAAUGAAAUCUCUUUUGAAGUUACUCCUACUUAGACGCCGAUGAAAAAGUUUUUGAAAUUAUAUUUUAUGUCUAAUUUAAUACUUUUCAGCAUUCUUCUAAAGUAAACAUGACUUGGCGAAUAUACUGCUGUGCCCCCAAAUUCAAAAUUGCUGAUUUGUUUUAUUUAUUUAUUUCCAAAAUUAUUAUUAUUAUUUUCACGUUGAAUUAAAUUCAAAUCUGGUUCAAAAUGAACCAAAUAUUUUAUUAAGUAUUAAAUUAAUUUCAAUUCUAAAAAAAUAAAAAAUAUAAUUUAUUAAAAACACGGCUUUAUUAAAAGCAGAGCUUCGCCAAGUUCUGGGGAUAAAUUAUCUUCACUUAGGGACAUUUUUACCUUUUUUUAUUAUAAUUUAUAGUUACUGAGGGACGUUCCACGCUACAUUCCUCAAAUACAAUAUAGAUAGCGCUGUACAGAUUUCUUCGUUAAACCUUUAAAUUUCAAACAAAACAGACAUUAUGUAUCUUUUAUCUUUGCUUUUGGGUAUAAAUGAUGACCUUUUUUAUUACACCCAGGCACAGUUACAUCUUCCACCCAUUAUUCUGAUACAUAAACAGCCUAUAUACGUCCCACUGCUGGGCACAGGCCUCCCCUCAAUCAACCGGAGGGGGUAUUGAGCAUACUCCACCACGCUGCUCACAUUCCGGGUUGGUGGAGGUGUUUUUACGGCUAAUAGCCGGGACCAACGGCUUAACGUGCCCUCCGAAGCACGGAAUCAUCUUACUUUUUUGCACAAUCAGGUGAUUCAAGCCUGAAAAGUCCUUACCAAACAAAGGACAGUCUCACAAAGUGAUUUCGACAAUGUCCCCAUCGGGAAUCGAACCCGGACCUCCAGAUCGUGAGCCUAACGCUCUAAACACUAGACCACGGAGGCUGUCUUAUUAUUCUGAUCAAAUAAAAAGAAGCAAUAUAGGUAGAAACUUUAUUCUAUACAUAAUGUGGUUCAAAUAUCAAGCAACAAUAUUUUUU